GAAAUAUGAAGAAAAAUAGGAAUUUUAUCAAACGCUUCAAUCAAUCAACGACCCAGAGAGUACUGAUCAGAUCUAGGCCCUUUGCUUUCUUUCCUUUUCAUACGCCAUUAACCCCUCUCCCUCUCCCUCUCUACUUAGCUACAUUAUCACUCAACUUCUACGGAUCUUCACGCUCUUUGCUCUCUCCUACCAGCCCAACUCACAGAGAUGCGAAUACUUCUUCUUUCAGGUGAAUUGGAAUAGUAUUAUUUAAUUAUUUUGAUGAAGAGCUGGCAAUGAAACAGCAUUCGGAAUUUCAAAUCGUGAAGGGAGGCGAAUUGGAUAUCAUCCUUGCUUGAAUAUUGAGUAAGCCAGGCUCAUUACUGUGGAAAAGAGUGCAAAGAUUUUGGUGUGCGGUCCUCCAGUGAAUAGCUUGUUAUGGCAUCAGUGCAGAACCGGUUUCUGCAGCCACAGCAACCUCCAUCGCCUCGGCGCAAACGAUGGGCAGGUUGUUUGGGUGGACUGUCUUGCUUCAGGACACAAAAAGGUGGAAAGCGUAUUGUUCCUGCAUCACGCAUCCCUGAUGCCAAUGCUAUAUCAAAUCAGCCAAAUGGGCCUCAAGGUGGUGGAUUGCCCAAUCAGGCUACUGGCGUUGCUUUGUCUCUUUUAGCUCCACCAUCCUCACCGGCAUCGUUCUCAAAUUCUGGACUCCCAUCAACAGCUCAGUCGCCCAACUGCUUCUUGUCUGCCAAUUCACCUGGAGGUCCUUCAUCUACUAUGUUUGUCACUGGUCCAUAUGCUCACGAGACUCAACUGGUCUCUCCUCCCGUAUUCUCGACUUUCACAACUGAGCCAUCUACAGCUCCUUUAACUCCUCCGCCAGAGCUGGCACAUUUGACAACCCCAUCUUCACCAGAUGUGCCUUACGCACAUUUCCUUUCAUCAUCUGCGAAAUUCAAAACCACUGAUAAGAACGGCUACCCUGCUGCAAAUGAUCUUCAAUCAACAUACUUACUCUAUCCGGGAAGUCCUGCAAGUACGCUGAGAUCACCAAUUUCAAGGACAUCCGGUGAUUGCUUAUCGUCAUCCUUUAAUGAAAGGGAGUUCCCCUCUCAGUGGGAUCCCUCUAUUCCUUCAGAAGGGUCUCCGUAUGCAAAGUCCGACUCAGGCAUGUUUCUUGGUGCCCAGGCUGCUGGAGCCUCCAAGUCACGUCAAGAUUCCAAUUUCUUCUGCCCAGAGACGUUUGCUCAGUUCUACCUUGACCAUUCAUCCUUUUCUAAUUCUGGUGGUAGGCUAAGUAUUUCCAAGGAAUCUGAUGCUUAUUCAAAUGGUGGAAAUGGAUACCAGAAUCGUCAGAACAAAACUUGCAAACCAGAUGCUGAGGAACUUGAAGCUUACAGAGCAUCUUUUGGGUUCAGUGCAGAUGAAAUCAUCACCACAACUAAUUAUGUUGAGAUCUCCGAUGUGUUAGACGACUCUUUUAGCAUAACACCUUUUGCUUCCAACAAGCCUACUGAGGAGGAACGUAUUACGACUCCACCCAGAAAAGAGGUAUUUGAAACCGAGAAGAAGGAAGAACAUUUUCCUUGCCCACAGCUCAGUAAAGUACGACUGAAUCGUUCAAGUAGCGUGCAUAUUGGGGUUCCAGCUUCAUAUAAUCAUGUUGAAGAUCAAGUCCCACAGAGGCGGUUAGGGGAUACUGGACGAAGCUUCCACAGUAACCACACUCUGAGUGACGGCGACAGCAUAUUCUCUAAGAUGGGUGCUUCCAGAAUUGGGCGUAAGUAUCAUUUUGGUGCAUCAAACUCUGAUGCAGAGAUUGAGUACAGGAGAGUGUCAAGCUUGAGAGAAGGGCGCUACCGGAGAGUAAGUUAAGGUUAGGUUACUCUGCCUUGCCUUCCGUGGCACGAGCAGCUGUGAGGAACUUUUGUUGGGUGUUCCUCAAACGUGCGUCGCGUCUGUCGUGUAAUGUGCCUCCUAGAGAGGCUAUGUUUCACAUGAAAAUGCUGGGAAUGGAUCACCUGAGGAUUAGUUUGGAGCUAAGUGGAAGAUGAGACUGUUUUUUUGUAUGUAAAUCAGUAAAUGUUUAAACUUGUGCAUGGUUGUAAAAUGGUAGUAGUGGCUUUAAAUAUAAUUGUGUAAUAUGUAGUGCCCACUCAACAUUUUGGGAUCAUGUCUGAUUAGGUCAGCUCCUCUUGAUUGUACAAAUCUUUAUUCACUGCUAUACAGUUUAGUAUCUACUCAUUUCAGCC